UAUGACGCCUGCCUCUCCCAGCUCUUCUUCUUCCACCUUCUGGCGGGGACGGACUGCUUCCUGCUGACCGCCAUGGCCUAUGACCGAUUCCUGGCCAUCUGCCGGCCCCUCACCUACAGCGCCCGCAUGAGUCAGACAGUCCAGAGGAUGUUGGUGGCUGCAUCCUGGACUUGUGCCUUCAGCAAUGCACUGACCCACACUAUUGCCGUAACUGCCCUCAACUUCUGUGGCCCCAGGGUAAUCAAUCACUUCUACUGUGACCUCCCGCAGCUCUUCCAGCUCUCCUGCUCCAGCACCCAACUCAAUCAGCUGCUGCUCUUUGCAGCGGCAGCCUUCAUGGCUGUGGCGCCCUUGGUUCUCAUCAGCGUGUCCUAUGCCCAUGUGGUAGCUGCAGUUCUGCGAAUCCGCUCUGCUGAGGGCAGGAAGAAGGCCUUCUCCACAUGUGGCUCCCACCUCACUGUAGUGGGCAUCUUCUAUGGGACCGGUGUCUUCAGCUACAUGAGGCUAGGUUCAGUGGAAUCUUCAGACAAGGAUAAGGGGGUUGGAGUUUUCAUGACUGUGAUCAACCCCAUGCUGAACCCACUUAUCUACAGCCUCAGAAAUACUGAUGUUCAGGGCGCUCUGUGCCAGGUACUGGUGGGGAAGCGAUCACUGACCUGAGAGAUGACCUCCUUUCCUGCCUUUUCUGGACUGAGGAAAAUUUCCCCAGAAGACAGAAACCAACAAACUUUGUUUAUAACCAUUCUUUCUGUCUCCUGCUGCUGGAGGAGUGGUGUUCUGUGUUUGACCUGCAAGGAAACCCUACAUAAUUCAUUCAUUUAUUCAUUCGACAAAUACUUAUUAAAUUUCUUCUAUGAUCCAGACAGUCUUCUAGGGCACUGGUGAGCAAAAUGGACAAAAGUCUCUUCACUCAAGCAAAUCACAUGCUAUAAAGGUAGGCCAAAUAAAUAAAUAAGCAUCAUCUUUACUAUACCACAUGGUGAUACACUCUGUAGAGAAAAGCCAGUAAGACAGGAAAACAUGGAGUCAGGUUCUGCCAACCGUGCCUCCUGGGCAACUUGCUACCUUGUUUUGGGCUGUGCCCACUUUCUCGGUAGAGCUGAAACCUUGGCUACAGUUCAUGCCUGGGCAGCAAAGCCCUACAGGAAAGGGCCGCUUAAUCCCAGCCUAAAUAACCGAGAAUAUCACUACCGAUUUUCCUUCCAGAGGGAUGUGAGACUCCCUCCAGAUUAGAGUGUGGAAAGGUAUUUUGAAUGAUGGGCCCAGUGACAAGGAUCAUUUCUUACUACUGUUCACCUUAGACAUCCAAUAAAAUCAGUUCCAUCUCUUUAAUACCACACAAGGAUCCCAUAGGAUGAUCAGGCCACAGGUGGGGUCCAGAAGAGGAAACAGCUGCUAAAUAAAAACUAUGUUAAUCGGUACAUGAAAUUGUAAU